CACAAUCUUGAGCCCAGCCCGAGAAGAGAAGCCCCAUCAAUGCUGCUCCAAGUGCUGUAUCCUGUGGUGGUGGGCCUCGUCCUGAUGGCGGAGGUUAGUGCACUGGCCAUCACCAAUGGCCAUUGCCAGAAGAACAUCAGCGUCAAGUACCAGGUGCCCGUGGCCAAGAGCCGCAUGGCAGGUCCUUUGAAUGCCAGCCACCCCGUCGAUUUGGAUAGCUAUGUGGUGUUCGAGGAGCGGGUGCGUUGGGACAACAUCCAGGUGUGCUGUCCCGGCUACCGGACCAUUCUGUUCGGCUUCUGCGAGCCCGUCUGCCAGGAGGCGUGUCCCGCCCACAGCUAUUGCGCGGAACCGGAGCGCUGCCACUGCCAGCGGGGCUACGAGCCGUCGCACCACCACACCGCCCACCGACCCACUGGCCACCACCAGCUCGUCUGUCGGCCGGUCUGCCAGGGAGGAUGUCCGGAGCACAGCCACUGCGUGGCCCACAACGAGUGCGAGUGCUGGCCGGGAUUCAAGGAUGCGAGCAGCUGGUUUAGCCUCACUUUGCGCUGCGAACGGAUCCAGUGUGGCCACGAGCAGCGCUUCGAUCCAGGACGACGGGCCUGCGUCCAGAUCGAGAUGAGCAUGGAGGAGCUGAUGCAGCGGGUUGCUGAGCGACUGGCCAAGGGACUUGAAACGGAAACGACCACAGAACCGGAAACCCUAAACCCAUAA